AUGGCACUGGCCAAAUUUCAUUACCCGUCAUGGCGUCCACCAUGGCUUAAUAUCGAGGAUCCUUCGGAAUUAAAGGAAAUUAAAGUGCAAUUUUAUAUACUAUAG